AUGAUCAAGGCCAUGGAUAUUCUUGAAAUAACGGUGGAUGUAGGUGGGCAUCGUUCUUUGAGAAGAAAGUAGAUUCAUUGCUAGAAUGUUAACCUCAUUAUAUUUUUCGUAGCGGCAUCUGAAUAUGAUGAAGUCUUGUAUGAAUGCUGUGAUACCCGAUUGGAAGAAUCUAAAGCUUUAUUUGAGACAAUUGUUAACUGCGAAUGGUUCAAAAAGUCGUUAUUAAUACUAUUCCUUAACAAAAAAGAUUUGCUUGAGGAGAAAAUUGCGUAUUCGCAUUUAGUGGACUAUUUUCCAGAAUUCUAUGGUCCAAAAGCAGAUGCAAAUUCAGCCCGUGAUUUUAUUCGGCGCUCGAUUGUUGGCUCAAAGUUAGAUAAGUCGAAUAUUUAUUAUCAUUAUACCUGUGCCACUAACUUUAAGAGUAUUAAGACUGUCUUCUCUGCUGCUCAUGCGUAUUACGAAACCCGAUUAUGA